UAUAAACGUCCCGCAAGGAGGGAGGAAAGAGGGAGAGAAGGGUGAGAAAGUGUGAGUCAAAGACAACAACAACAAAAAGACUGUAUUCUGUGUUUCUUUGUUUUCAUUUUUGUCAUCGAGGGACAUUUUUGGGACAUUUGACAGAGGACCAGGCGGCUCUAUUGUCCCCCCCCCCCUCCCUCCCUCCCUGGAUCCAGACUCAGGCUCCAGAGGACCAGUGACGGGCCGCCCCCCCCCACCCCCCAGCCAACAUGGCUCCCACCCUGGCCACGGCCUUCUCCCGCCGCUGGUGGAUGGCGGUGACGGCGGUCAUCGAGAACCUGCUCUUCUCCGCCGUGCUGCUGGGCUGGGGGUCGCUGCUCAUCAUGCUCAAGUCCGAGGGCUUCUACUCCUACAUGUGCGAGGGGCCGAAGAACAGCUCGGGCCUCAACCUCUCCGACGCGUCCACCUCGGCGGCGUCUGACCCCGAGGAGAACCUGGAGAUAAACGGGUGGCCCAUCUGCAAGGACCAGGACGAGAUGCUGAACCUGGCCUUCACCGUGGGCUCCUUCCUGCUGUCCGCCAUCACCCUGCCGUUGGGCAUCGUCAUGGACAAAUACGGCCCGCGCAAGCUGCGACUUCUGGGCAGUGCCUGCUUUGGCUUCUCCUGCCUCCUCAUCGCCUACGCCGCCAAUGAUCCCAACAAUCUGUCCAUCCUGAUCUUCUUCGCUUUGGCCUUGAACGGGUUCGGAGGCAUGUGCAUGACCUUCACCUCUCUGACUCUUCCCAACAUGUUCGGAGACCUCAGGUCGACCUUCAUUGCUCUGAUGAUUGGGUCCUACGCCUCCUCCGCAGUCACCUUCCCCGGCAUCAAGGUGAUCUACGACCUGGGCGCCACCUUCAUCAUCAUCCUGCUGGUCUGGGCCUCCUGCGCCUGCCUCGUCUUCUUCAACUGCUUCGUCAACUGGCCUCUGGAGCCCUUCCCAGGUCCAGAGGACAUGGACUACACGGUGAAGAUCAAGUUCAGCUGGCUGGGCUUCGACCACAAGAUCACGGGGAAGCAGUUCUACCGGCAGGUGACCACGGUGGGACGCCGCCUCAGCGUGGGUCACUCCAUGAAGCAGCAGCAGCAGCCCGCGGACCUGGCCUCGCAGGAGGCCAACAAGCUGUGCCUCUCCACCGUGGACCUGGAGGAGAAGUCCAAGGGCAAGGAGGAGACUCAGUCCUUCAUGAAGAGCAUCUUCAGCCCCAUCUUCCUGCUGAGCCUCAUCACCAUGUGCGUGACCCAGCUGCGCCUCAUCUUCUACAUGGGGGCCAUGAACACCAUCCUGGAGUCGCUGUCGGACGGCGACCUCAACACAGUGGAGAAGAUGCACAUGGUGAGCGUCUACACCUCCAUCUUCGGCGUGCUCCAGCUGCUGUGCCUGAUCACCUCCCCCGUGAUCGGCUACGUCAUGGACUGGAAGCUCAAAGACUGCCAGGAGGACGGCGCCAAGGGCGCCAAGAGGGAGCCGGGUCAGCCCCGUCCUCCCGACAAACACAUCCAGAAGAUCAAGAACGCCACCCGGGCCUUCGUCUUCACCAACCUGCUGCUGGUCGGCUUCGGGGUCAGCUGCAUCGUGCAGAACCUGCCGCUGCAGAUUCUGUCCUUCAUCCUGCACACGAUCGUCAGAGGCUUCAUCCACUCGGCGGUCGGAGGCCUCUACGCUGCUGUGUACCCGUCCUCUCAGUUCGGCAGCCUGACGGGGAUGCAGUCCCUGAUCAGCGCCCUGUUCGCUCUGCUGCAGCAGCCCCUCUUCAUGGCCAUGGUGGGACCCCUGGAGGGGGACCCCCUCUGGGUCAACGUGGGCCUGCUGGUGCUGAGCAUGCUGGGAUUCUGCCUGCCGCUCUACCUCACCUGCCACAGCCGCCACCUGCAGCGCCUGCGGGACGAGCGCGACGAGGACCCCAAGAUCUACGCCCAGAUCAACGACGGCUCCAAGCACGAGGCCUUCGUCUGAGACCUGGAGGGGGCGGGGGGCGGGGGGGGGGGGGGGGCACCUUCACUCACGCCAUCGUUACUGCCAGUGUUUAUUUGUUCGAUGCGACUCUACUCGCCCCUCCCUCGGCGCCGCGCACUGUGACACAUCGGAGCUCCCGCUGCCCUCGAACGCAUCGCCAAACUGAAGGGGGGGGGGGGGGGGGAAAGCUGCAGUGGCGGACUUUUUGUUUCUAUUUCACACACACAUAUGUAGAAUGACUCCUCUACACAUCUUCUCUUCCCUCUCUGUCAUUCUCAUUUCUCUGUGACGAUGAACUUAAAAAAAACAAAAAAAAACAACAGAGGACGGCCGGUAACCACGACGACCUCCAGUUUCUCAAAGGACUCAAAUGUCCCCCCCGGGGAGACAAAACGAAAAGCACGAAUCCCCGGACAGCAGUACGUGUAGCAUCUGGGACGUGUGUGUGUGUGUGUGUGUGUGUGGAUAACACAACACUGCAUGAUGACUUCUGCCGCUCAGACGCACACUCUGUGAGUCUCUCCUUCUCGUCUCGUUCCCUCAGAGGCGCGUCGGCGUCGGCGAAUCUUUGGGAGCGCGUUCUUUCGGGGGGGGGGGGGGGGUCUCGUUUCCGGUCGUAGCAACAUGUGCUUCUGUGAGGUUGCCGGGGCAACGCAAUCACACGCGCGUGUUCAAUUUGCGUCGCUGUAUUUCUACACCGACACAACAAACAAAAAAGGUGCUGUUUCAAAUCGCAAGAAAUGUUGUUGUUGUUUCGUAUUUGCGGCAAAAUCGCCGCAAAACACAACUUCUCCUCAACUGCUUCUCCUCGAAGACUCAAAUCAGGUUCUCCGCUUGUUUUUUAUUCCUCAACAGACUCCUGCAGACACCAAGAGGAGAGAUUAGUGACGCUCACCUGUAGUAACUCACAGAGGCGCUUCCAAAGACAGCCACGACCCUCACAGGGCCUCCGUGUGUGUUAGAAGGUGGGAGGAGCCCCCCCACUCAUCCACUCAUUCAUUCAUUCAUUCAUCUAUCGCUUUCAUCUGUCUGCGAAUACGAUGACGUGCAUUAGGACCGAGAGACGAGAUGCCCCCCACCCCCCCCCGAGAUGAAAGCAUGCACACGAUGCACUUUACCCCUCCAGAUGAUGUAAGCAGAGAAGGAUCAGAAGAAUGUCAAAUAGAUUUUUUUAAUUCAAUACACCAGAGAGACGCUGUUAUUUUUUUAAGCCCCCCACAGAGAAACACAGAUUCAUUAUAUGGCCUUUAGAUGUGCACGGGUGGCUGGGGGGGGCGGAGUCAUGUCUCUCGGUUCAAACAUAGUGGAGUAACCGGAGAGAACUGGUUUCAGUAAGGCAGUGAUUAUUCAAACAUGUUUAAAUGAGUGAAGCAACUGAAUUUAAGUGUUUUCACGGCAUUCUUUAAAAGGGUUUUUGGGGUUAUUGAUCUUCACCAGACACCAAACCCCAGGGCCGAAACGUGGAAUCAUCAGCAGACCCUCCUCUGAUACCGUGGAGAAGUUCUCUUCUUAUUUUUCCGUCAGCAAUUUAAACCGGACGUCCCUUUUUUUCACGGAUUUUAGUCCCACUUGGUUUUUACGAUUCUUAGACGAUGAUUGUCGUUCCUCGGGAAAAAAAAAGAAGUGGCAGGAAAAUAAAUAAAUGGUUUGUACUUGAGAAAUGACAUCAAUGUGUGUUUUGUGCGUAGAAUAUAUAGUACAAAGUACAAAGUACAAAAGCAGAAGCACAAAUCUUGCGGUGUGCAUUUUUGAUUUUGUUUUGCCUUGCGUUUGCUGUUUAAUGUAAAAAAACGACACCACAGAGAACCUUCUCCACUCUACGAGGCAAAUGUCCUCAACUCACUUGGUAAAAAAAAAGAAAAUGAAUUCCAUCCAGACUGAUCCACACCUUUGUUCACCUUAAAGGCCUCACCUGAGCCCGGCCUCCUCCAGUAGGAAAGGUUCUGCAGUAGUUCGGUCCACCGAUGGAUCUCUUGAUAAACUGCGCGUACAGAGAAUCUCUGUCUUCUCUGCAUGUACCUUUUUUCUUUUGUAUCUUUGAUUUUCUACCUUUUUUUUCUUUGUGUCCUUCUUUCUCGUAUUUACGGAAAUGUGUAUUUUCAUGAACCUAAGUUGUGUAUUUGUUUCUUGGUCUUGCACCACAGUAUAGCCAAUACCAUGGACAUGUCUAGGAAUGUUUAAAAAAAAAGAUCAAUAUACAAAGCAGAAUAAAGACAGCAAUUUGUA